AAUAUCUUUUUAUGGAACGGCACCAUUCAUUUUGUGUGGUCUUGGUCUAUCUCUCUUUUAUAGAUUAUCUCUUCACUUCCAUCGUUCUAAUCUAUCGCUUAUUUGUCCAAAAUCCUAAGCUUUGCGAUACCAAAACGUCAGGCUUUUCAGUUCACCAAACAGAUUCCUGCUGCAGCAGGCCGUCUUUCUCUCUGGUAAAUUCGUGUAAAUGCUGAUUCGUGCUAUCCAGCUCUACUUCUCCUAAUUUCCAUCUUUGUGUCGUCUUAAAAUUCAAUGAGAUUGCUUCGCUCUAGAAAUGGCUUCUGCUUCUUCCUUGUCAGUAUCCUUGGAAUGCGUAAACAUAUGUAAAUUAUCGAAAGGAGAUGGCAGCGGCAGAUAUGACUGUAGCGUGCUCUCUUGUGCGUGGAAAGCUCCUCGAAUCUUGACGGGGUUUCUUGCCAGCACUGCGCAUCCUCCUCAGUCUUCGUCAUUCUUAUCUGGGCGAAACGGAAGAAGGAAUCAGUUCAAAUCUAAAUGUGAAGUCUUUGAUAUAGGAAGCUGUCAUUCAAUUGAAGCUUUUGGAUCUUCACUGCUUGGGAGACUCAUUAAAUCUGGAAUGCUUCAUGUUGCUGGUCAAAGAUGGCAAUUUUUUUGUUCUUCGUCCUUUUCCUCGGGUGCCUUCAAUGAGUUUUCUGCUGAAACACUGUGGGAGGUUCUUAGGCCUACCAUUUCAUACCUUUCACCAAAAGAAUUGGAACUGGUCCAGAAUGCUCUCAAGCUGGCUUUUGAGGCUCAUGAUGGUCAGAAAAGACGCAGUGGAGAGCCAUUCAUCAUACAUCCAGUUGAAGUUGCACGCAUUCUAGGAGAACUUGAAUUGGAUUGGGAGUCAAUUGCUGCUGGAUUGCUGCAUGAUACUGUUGAAGAUACAAAUGUUGUUACUUUUGAGAGAAUAGAGGAGGAAUUUGGUCCCACUGUACGCCGCAUUGUAGAAGGAGAGACUAAGGUAUCCAAAUUGGGAAAAUUAAAGUGUAAGAAUGAAAGUGAUUCAGUAAAAGAUGUAAAAGCUGAUGACCUACGGCAGAUGUUUCUUGCCAUGACAGAGGAGGUGCGUGUAAUUAUUGUCAAAUUAGCUGACAGGUUACAUAACAUGCGCACUCUUUCACAUAUGCCUCCACAUAAGCAGUCCAGCAUUGCAAUGGAAACACUUCAGGUCUUUGCUCCUCUUGCAAAACUGUUAGGAAUGUAUCAAAUCAAGUCUGAGCUUGAAAAUCUGUCGUUUAUGUACACAAACCCUGAGGAUUAUGCUAAGGUCAGGAGGAGGGUUUCAGACCUCUAUAAAGACCAUGAGAAGGAGCUUGUGGAGGCAAAUAAAAUUUUGAAGAAAAAGAUUGAGGAUGAUCAAUUCCUAGACCUUAUGACUGUGAACGCUGAAGUUCGCUCUGCAUGUAAGGAGCCUUAUAGUAUUUACAAAGCGGUGCUUAAAUCUAAAGGUUCGAUCAGUGAGGUUAACCAAAUUGCACAGCUGCGAAUUGUUAUAAAGCCAAAGCCAUGUGUUGGAGUUGGGCCUCUGUGCACACCACAGCAGAUAUGCUACCAUGUUCUUGGCUUAGUCCACGGAAUCUGGAACCCUAUUCCUAGAGCUAUGAAGGACUAUAUUGCAACCCCAAAGCCUAAUGGUUAUCAAAGUCUUCAUACGACUGUAAUUCCAUUUCUGUAUGAGAGCAUGUUCCGACUGGAGGUUCAGAUUAGAACUGAAGAGAUGAAUCUUAUAGCUGAAAGAGGCAUUGCUGCUCAUUAUAGUGGGAGAGUAUUUGUUACAGGUUUAGUUGGACAUGCAAUGCCUAAUGGUAGAAGUUCAAGAGGAAAGACAGUCUGUCUUAACAAUGCAAACAUUGCGCUCAGGAUUGGCUGGCUUAACGCAAUUAGAGAAUGGCAAGAGGAGUUUGUUGGCAAUAUGAGCUCCAGAGAAUUUGUAGAAACCAUCACUAGGGAUCUUUUAGGAAGCCGUGUCUUUGUGUUUACAUCGAGGGGAGAGAUUAAAAAUUUGCCAAAAGGUGCAACUGUGAUCGACUAUGCUUAUAUGAUACACACUGAAAUUGGCAACAAGAUGGUGGCUGCAAAGGUCAAUGGUAAUCUUGUUUCUCCAAUGCAUGUACUUGCCAAUGCAGAAGUCGUGGAGAUAAUCACCUAUGAUGCACUCUCUAGCAAAUCAGCUUUUCAGAGGCAUAAACAAUGGCUGCAACAUGCAAAAACACAUAGUGCCAGACACAAAAUUAUGAAAUUCCUAAGGGAGCAAGCUACAUUAUCUGCUGCUGAAAUAACAGCAGAUACAUUAAAUGACUUUAUAGCUGAUUCUGAAGAGGAGAGUGAAGUAGAAGAACUCCCAGGUAAUACUGAAUGGAAUAGAACUUUGUGGGAGAAAAUCUUUAGGAAGGUUGUGGGGAAGUCAUCUCAAGGAGAAUGUUCGGAAGAUCUGCUCAUGCCUUCUAACAAUGGAAGUGUUUGGGUCCCCAAGGUCAAUGGGAAACAUAAUAAGCAUUUGCAACAGGUAAGUAUGGAGGCCAAGGGAGAGUUAUUAUCACAGGGAAACGAUGUUGCCAAAUUGAUAGAGUUAAACAUUCCAAUGCACAAGGAAGUCUUGCCUGGUUUAGAAAGUUGGCAUGCCAGCAAGGUUGCCUCUUGGCACAGUCUGGAAGGACACUCAAUCCAGUGGUUUUGUGUUGUAUGCAUAAAUCGAAGAGGCAUGAUGGCUGAUGUUACAUCAGCAUUGGCAGCUGUAGGCAUAGCUAUAUGUUCCUGUGUGGCUGAAAUUGAUAGAGGAAGGGGGAUGGCUGUGAUGUUGUUUCAUAUUGAAGGGAACCUUGAUAAUUUGGUUAAGGUGUGCUCGAGUGUGGAUCUGAUUUUGGGUGUUUUGGGAUGGUCUACGGGUUGCAGCUGGACAAGCUCAAUGGAAAACCCCCAAUUUCUUGAAUGCUAAUUAAUCAGUUGACACAAUGAGCCCAAUGUAGUUCACCCAGCUGUUGCAGGCUUGGGUAAGAAGUUUUGCCCGUUCAGGAAACCGAUAUUCUGGUGUUCUUACAUUUUGGAUAAUUAGCUCAAUAUUUUUAACUAUUUGUUCAACAACCAUAACAAAAUAAACCAGCAGCGGAAAAUUGAGCCAAUUCUGUCUCUGGAAAUUCAGGGCAUUGUAUAUAGAGAAAAAAGAGUGAUAGUGUAUACACAUGUGAAAAUACUUGUGAAGAGAGGAUGGGGAAACACUUAUACAAAAGGGUUGUAAGAAUCCUUUCCAUAUGGAUAUUCUUUACGUUCUUUUUAUCAUCUACUUUUUUUUCUUUCA